AUGGGCAACUCUCAGCCUUUCCUCUUCAGCAGACAGAUAAAGUGUUCAUGGGGAAACAAACCAACUCCAACAGGCACAGCCUCAAAUCCACUUCCGCCACCAGCACCAGUCGCAGUCCCUGGUCUGUCCCCAUUGGACCUCUUAGCCUAUGAGAGGCAACUGGCUAUAGCCAAGAUGCAUCCUCAGGCUCAACAUUCGCUAAGGCAUGUCAAUGCAGCUGGAGCAAGUGCAGCUAUGUACGAUGGUGGCUUUCAGAAUGUAGCUGCGGCGCAUCAGCAGCUCAUGUAUUAUCAGUAA